CUUGGAAUUGCGCACGCACUCUUGUCAAGUCAGUCUGUAUUCACAUUGAAAUCUUUGUUCAAUGUAUUUCAAUAGUUGGACAUAAAAGAAGGAAAAUAUGUUCAAGUUAAUGAUAUCUUGGUGCUGCAUUAUAGUGGUGUGUAAAGGUAACGUGUUUGAUAAUCUUUUGGACGAGUUUUGGCAGUGGCGCAUGCGCAAUAACCCUGAGUUCGCGAGUAACGUUGGCAACAGCAACUACACUGAUCUUCUUGAGGACUACAGCAUCGCGGCUAUCGACACGCGAAAGGAGUGGCUUGAGGAUUUUCUGACCAGGGUGAAAUCCUCCGUACAGCGGAACUCGCUUGACGCAGGGGAUAGCGUCACGUAUGACGUACUUGUGGACACUAUUCAAUCAUGGCUGGAUGGUUACGAGUGGAGAUAG